AUGUCCUCAAAGCAUUACUUGAUCCUGCCACGGACCCCGGCAACGACUCUCCAACUCAUCGUCGGCGUCCUCCCUACUCGGCUUCAGCAAACACCAGAUGGCAAACUUACCGAUCACCGCCACGAGGUUGUCGGAUUUCAGCUCCCCGUCAAUCCCGUUCACGAUAACGUGGCCACCAUCGUCGUACAGAUUCCAAUCCACGACCUCCGUGUGCAGGUACCCCUUCUCGGCCGCCGCCAAUUCCGCGACGCAUUUUAG